ACACAGACAGAAAGCUUGGGAGGUGUAGUGGAAGAACGGCAGGAGAAUCUGAUUAAAUGAGCAGAUUUUUUUUAGGCAGAUUAUUGAAGGACACAGCAGUGAAAAAAAGCCACCGAAGGCGCAAACAAUAAUGAGCGGGAAGCAGUUUUGAGACCUCGGACCAGGUAACUUGCAAGAACAAGGCUUGCUGAUUCCUUUCGCCCUCCUGGUUUGAGCGAAGGUCUUGUGGGGAACUGCAGCAUUUUUCCCAGUCAGACCCCAAGAACAGACCAUCAUGCAGGCCAUUAUGACUGACGUAGUGAUUGUAAAGGAGGGAUGGCUGCACAAAAGAGGAGAGUAUAUCAAGACCUGGAGGCCAAGAUACUUCUUGCUGAAGAGUGACGGUACAUUCAUUGGAUACAAGGAGAGACCACAAGAUGUGGACCAGCUGGAAACGCCUUUGAAUAACUUCUCUGUAGCCCAGUGCCAGCUGAUGAAGACGGAGCGACCCAGGCCCAACACAUUCAUCAUCCGCUGCCUGCAGUGGACCACUGUCAUUGAACGCACCUUCCACGUAGAGACCCCUGAGGAGAGGGAGGAAUGGACAAAAGCCAUCCAGACCGUUGCCGACAGCCUGCAGAGGCAGGAGGAGGAGAUGAUGGACUCCUCACCGGACCCCAUGGACGUGGAGGUGUACUUGACCAAACCCCGACUCAAAGUGACUAUGCACGAUUUUGAAUACCUCAAGCUCCUGGGAAAAGGCACUUUCGGCAAAGUCAUCCUGGUGAAGGAGAAGGCUACAGGACGAUACUAUGCCAUGAAAAUCUUGAAAAAGGAAGUGAUAGUGGCAAAAGAUGAAGUAGCACACACACUCACUGAGAACCGAGUGCUACAGAACUCCAAGCACCCAUUCUUGACGGGAUUGAAGUACUCCUUCCAGACACAUGACCGGUUGUGUUUUGUCAUGGAGUAUGCCAACGGUGGCGAGCUUUUUUUUCACCUCUCUCGUGACCGCGUCUUCUCAGAAGAGCGUGCCCGUUUCUAUGGGGCAGAAAUUGUGUCAGCGCUGGACUAUCUGCACUCGGAGCGUAAUGUGGUCUACAGAGACCUGAAGCUGGAAAAUCUUAUGCUGGACAAGGAUGGACAUAUUAAGAUCACAGACUUUGGCCUGUGCAAGGAGGGGAUUACGGAUGGGGCUACCAUGAAAACGUUCUGUGGAACCCCAGAGUAUCUGGCACCAGAGGUGCUGGAGGACAAUGACUAUGGCCGGGCAGUGGACUGGUGGGGCCUGGGUGUGGUCAUGUACGAGAUGAUGUGCGGCCGACUGCCCUUUUACAAUCAGGAUCACGAGAAGCUGUUUGAGCUCAUCCUUAUGGAGGAGAUCCGUUUCCCUCGAACCCUGGGCCCUGAGGCUAAGUCUCUGCUCUCUGGACUGCUGAAGAAGGAUCCCAAACAGCGGUUAGGAGGAGGGCCAGAUGAUGCCAAGGAGAUCAUGCAGCACAAGUUUUUUGCAGGCAUUGUCUGGCAGGAUGUUUAUGAGAAGAAGCUGAUCCCACCCUUUAAGCCCCAGGUCACCUCGGAAACGGACACACGGUAUUUCGAUGAGGAGUUCACAGGGCAGACAAUUACCAUCACGCCCCCAGGACAAGAUGAGAGCAUGGAGUCUUUCGACAGCGAAAGGAGACCCCACUUCCCGCAGUUCUCCUAUUCUGCCAGUGGGACAGCCUAAAAAUCCUCUUCUCCCCUGUCCCCAUCCAGUCUCCACCCCUGUCCAGUCUACAAUAUCGCCUUUCCCCUCCACCAGACUGCAUUGUCAAAGACCGUGGCCUGCUCCUGCUCUUGCUUUUUUCUUGUGUUUUCCAGUGCCCUGUCCCAAAGACCCCCCCGUGGGUUUGCCAUAUCCAGAGUGGGUGGUGGGGGGGACUCAGCACUCAGUCAGAAAGGGAUGGAUUUUUCCGUGGCCUUUGAAGACCAUCUUUUUUUGUGAAGUUUACAAGAGGUAACACUACAGUGUAUUUUCCACAUAGGCCCCUUGUGAUUCAGAUCAUCCAUGUUUUGAAUUAGCCUUCUGCAGAAUUCCUCACCGAUUUAACACACAUCUGCAGUCCUGCAGCACCGUUGACGAGAUGUGAUGAUCUUUUUAAAUUCACACUUUGCUUGCAUCAUCACUUCCAUUAAUUGUGCUUGCUGUAUUCUUACAAAGUGUGAAUUUUUUUUUUCCUAAAGCGAUCUUGUGGCGAAAAAUUAACAGGGUCACUAUUUUGGGGAGGAAAAACCUCCUUUUUGCAUUUUCCAAGAGCGCCAAACCAAUUCUAAGGUUCGAUAUUUCGAAACGAUCUCUUAGUUUGUCAAGUAAUAUUCCUUAUGAGCAGGUUUUCAGUGAACUUCAGAGUAAGUGAUAAGCACAUCCAGAAUAUGUACCCGUAACUGUUUUUGUUCUGGAUAUUUUUAAAAUGUAUGACCUCAAAAUUAAAAUGACCAGAUGUUGGAAACAGGCCAGCACAUAUCACACAAAGUUCAUCCUAUCCACAUGGGCCCAUAGUCACCAUGUUUUGUUCAUAAAUAUAGGCACAUUAUAUGUACCACAGUGCACAACAGGGGACCAUUAGUAGCGUAGAUUUAGCAGUAAUAAACUACCUGUAUUGAAAUGAUAGUGCAAUACAUUGACGGAGCAAGAGACAGAGGACACUUUAUGACCCGGUGAAGGGGUGCUGGAAGAUGUAUUUGUGUUUCACUGCGUGACACAUUUCUUUAGCUGGAAAAGCUGCAGUCCCUAUCAACCUGGCGCAAUCCACAGCCAUGCCCCCCCCCCCAUCCCCCUCAGGCGGAGCCACUCCCAAGCUACAUCCCAGAUAACGCUUGGGUUCCAGUGCGCUCGAAUGUUGCGCUCUGCCGACAACCGUCCUCCACUUCCCUCUGAGCAGGCCAUUUAGGCUCCGGUUCUUUCUGCUGAAUCAGGGAUUUUUUUUUUUUUUUUAA